GUUUAACUCAAAAAACAUCGCAAAACCCUAACAAAAAUAAAAGAAAAGUCCUUUCAUCCUCUACUCUCUGCGACGUUGGGAAGACAUAUGGACACGGAGAUGGACCAAAUCUACCAGAUCGAUGUCGGAAAUCUUCUCGCUUUCAAUCCAAACCACCGCUUCUCUUCUGCUCCUUCUUCAAGAGAGGAGCUUGUGAAGGAAUGCGUUACGGAGGGAACAAAACUUGUUCAGGCGAUAGCUGAUACUCUUUUCAACUUUCCUUCUACUGAAAGUGUUGAUGGUCCCCUUGUCCAGUUGCCUCCUCCUACCACCAAACUCCCUAGAGAGAAACAUCUUCCAAGGCCUAAGCCUCCUACAAAGUGGGAAGAGUUUGCUCUUAAGAAAGGUAUACAGAAGCGCAAGAAGGACAAGAUUGUAUACGACGAGACCACUGAUAAGUUUAAGCGUCGCCAUGGUUACGAUCGUGUUAACGAUGAUAAUGAUAUUCCCAUUAUCGAGGCAAAGGCAUCAGAUGAACCAGGGGAAGACCCUUUUGCCAAGAGACUGGACGACAAAAAGAAGAGAGUUGAUAAGCAACAAAAGAACCGUCUACAGAAUCUGAAGUCAGCUGCAAAAGCUGGUGCUUUACCAAGCCAUGUCCAACUUGCUGCAAGUGCAUUGCCUAUAACAGGCACCAAAGCUCAGCCAAAGAAACUUGGAAAAGAGGAGCUUGGAGAUGUGGCGGGUUUAGCAGCUACUUCAACAGCUAGUGGUGGAAAAUUCGAUAAAAAGUUGCCUGGAGAGAAACCUCCUAAGAAGCAAGGCAAACACCACAAGUAUUUACCGGUUGUACCGAGGUAUGGGUGGGUUGAUGAGGAAAAAGAACAAACUAAUAAAGUACUUGGCAAGUUAUUAUCAAAGCAUUCACAUGAGAUCCUCAAUGUUGGAAAGGCGAUAAACAUGUACAAUGACAAGAAGGAGAAAAAGAAGUCAGGAAGAUCAGACAAGUUGAAACCUAAGAAAGACAUCACUAAGAAGAAGCCUUAUGCCAACAAAGCCAAGUGAAGAAGAGACUCUCCACCUUGUUUUAUUUUACUUGCUCAUCUCAUAAAACCAAAAAAAAGAAAAAAGAUAAUUACAAAUUUUGUGUUUCGCAUCUGUUACUCUAUACUUCUGUUAUAUUUUAGUCUUUCUGAACACAAAGAUCAAGAAGAGCAAUCUCUCAGUUUUUUUUUCUUUACCUUCAAAGAAGGAAGAUCU